UCCCUCGAGCUUUCAGAGUAGCCUUGCUUUUCCCCUUGACAUGGUCAUGUUUGAUCUUCCUGCACUGCUGGGAAAUCUUCCUUUUGGGGGAGAGGAUUAGGUCUGGGUUGAGAUCUUUACUGUUCCAAAAGUUCAACGAAAGAUGACUUUUUCUUUACUCCGACAACCUUUAGAGGUGGAGCGAGUAUCAGUGGUGGUAUUUUGGUAGGCCACCUAUUGAGACCUGGUGAAAGAUCAGGUAGUUCUGCAGUAAAAAGAAAUCGCUUGAAAUGGAACGGAUAGUGAAAGCCAAUGACCGUGAAUAUAAUGAAAAGUUCCAGUAUGUGGAUAAUCGUAUCCACACAUCGAAAUAUAGUAUUCUCACCUUCUUGCCAAUUAAUUUAUUUGAACAGUUCCAAAGAGUGGCAAAUGCCUAUUUUCUUUGCCUUCUGAUUUUACAGCUAAUUCCAGAAAUCUCCUCCUUGACCUGGUUUACCACCAUUGUGCCUUUGGUCUUGGUGAUAACUAUGACAGCUGUCAAAGAUGCCACAGAUGACUAUUUUCGCCACAAGAGUGAUAAUCAAGUGAAUAAUCGGCAGUCUGAAGUGCUCAUCGACAGCAAACUACAGAAUGAAAAAUGGAUGAAUGUCAAAGUGGGAGACAUCAUUAAAUUAGAAAAUAACCAAUUUGUUGCUGCUGAUUUACUUCUCCUAUCAAGUAGUGAGCCACAUGGUCUCUGUUAUGUUGAAACUGCUGAGCUUGAUGGGGAAACGAACCUAAAAGUCCGCCAUGCACUAUCAGUUACUUCGGAACUUGGAGCAGAUAUCAACAGACUUGCAAGGUUUGAUGGGAUUGUUGUCUGUGAGGCGCCUAACAACAAGUUAGAUAAGUUCAUGGGAAUCCUUUCUUGGAAAGACAGCAAGCACUCCCUCAACAAUGAGAAGAUAAUCCUGAGAGGCUGCAUCCUGAGAAAUACCAGCUGGUGUUUUGGAAUGGUUAUUUUUGCAGGUCCUGACACUAAACUAAUGCAGAAUAGUGGUAAGACAAAGUUUAAAAGGACAAGCAUUGAUAGAUUGAUGAAUGCUCUAGUACUAUGGAUUUUUGGGUUUCUCAUAUGCUUGGGAAUUAUUCUUGCAAUAGGAAAUUCAAUCUGGGAGAGUCAAAUUGGGGACCAAUUUAGAACUUUCCUCUUUUGGAAUGAAGGAGAGAAGAGCUCUGUGUUCUCCGGAUUCUUAACAUUCUGGUCAUAUAUUAUUAUUCUCAAUACAGUUGUACCCAUUUCCUUAUAUGUGAGUGUGGAAGUAAUUCGUCUAGGACACAGUUAUUUUAUAAACUGGGACCGGAAGAUGUAUUAUUCUCGAAAAGCAACACCUGCAGAGGCUCGGACAACCACGCUCAAUGAGGAACUGGGGCAGAUUGAGUACAUUUUCUCCGACAAAACGGGUACCCUCACUCAAAACAUCAUGACCUUUAAAAGAUGUUCCAUUAAUGGGAGAAUCUAUGGUGAAGUACCUGAUGACCUGGAUCAGAAGACUGAAAUAACUCAGAAAAAAGAGCCUGUGGAUUUCUCAGUCAAAUCUCAAGUGGAUAGAGAAUUUCAGUUCUUUGACCACAAUCUGAUGGAAUCCAUUAAAAUGGGUGAUCCCAAAGUUCAUGAAUUCCUUAGGGUACUUGCUCUCUGCCACACUGUAAUGUCAGAAGAGAAUAGUGCAGGAGAGCUGAUUUACCAAGUUCAGUCACCUGAUGAAGGGGCUCUAGUGACUGCUGCUAGAAAUUUUGGGUUCAUUUUUAAAUCCCGGACCCCAGAGACCAUAACAAUAGAAGAACUGGGAACACUGGUUACUUAUCAGUUACUUGCCUUUUUGGAUUUUAACAACACCAGAAAAAGGAUGUCUGUCAUAGUUCGCAACCCAGAAGGACAGAUAAAGCUUUAUUCCAAAGGAGCAGAUACUAUUCUGUUUGAAAAACUUCAUCCUUCCAAUGAAGUCCUUCUGUCUUUGACGUCAGACCACCUCAGUGAAUUUGCAGGGGAAGGCCUUCGGACCUUGGCCAUCGCAUACAGAGACCUGGAUGACAAGUACUUUAAAGAGUGGCAUAAGAUGCUUGAAGAUGCGAAUGCUGCCACCGAAGAGAGGGAUGAACGAAUAGCUGGGUUGUAUGAAGAAAUUGAAAGAGAUUUGAUGCUACUAGGUGCCACUGCUGUAGAAGAUAAGUUACAAGAGGGUGUUAUUGAAACAGUUGCAAGUUUAUCACUAGCCAAUAUUAAGAUCUGGGUCCUAACAGGAGACAAACAAGAAACUGCCAUCAACAUCGGUUAUGCCUGCAACAUGCUGACUGAUGACAUGAAUGAUGUGUUUGUGAUAGCAGGGAAUAAUGCUGUGGAAGUGAGAGAAGAACUCAGGAAAGCAAAAGAAAAUUUGUCUGGACAAAACAGAAAUGUUUCCAAUGGCCAUGUAGUUUGUGAAAAAAAGCAGCAGCUGGAGUUGGAUUCUAUUGUAGAAGAAACCGUAACAGGAGAUUAUGCCUUAAUCAUAAAUGGCCACAGUUUGGCUCAUGCCCUAGAAAGUGAUGUCAAGAAUGAUCUCCUAGAACUUGCUUGCAUGUGUAAGACUGUAGUUUGCUGCAGGGUCACUCCACUCCAGAAAGCCCAAGUGGUAGAGCUGGUGAAGAAGUACAGAAAUGCUGUUACUUUGGCCAUUGGUGAUGGAGCCAAUGAUGUCAGCAUGAUUAAAAGUGCUCACAUUGGUGUUGGCAUCAGCGGCCAGGAAGGAUUGCAAGCAGUCUUAGCCAGCGACUAUUCAUUUGCACAGUUUAGAUAUCUCCAAAGGCUUCUCCUUGUUCAUGGAAGGUGGUCAUAUUUCCGAAUGUGCAAAUUCUUAUGCUAUUUCUUCUAUAAGAAUUUUGCAUUUACACUUGUGCAUUUCUGGUUUGGUUUCUUCUGUGGUUUCUCAGCCCAGACUGUUUAUGACCAGUGGUUCAUCACCCUUUUUAACAUUGUUUACACAUCACUGCCUGUUUUAGCCAUGGGGAUUUUUGACCAGGAUGUGAGUGACCAGAACAGCAUGGACUGUCCCCAGCUCUAUGAACCAGGACAGCUGAAUCUACUUUUUAACAAGCGUAAAUUUUUCAUUUGCGUGCUACAUGGAAUCUACACCUCAUUAGCCCUUUUCUUCAUCCCCUAUGGGGCCUUUUACAACGUGGCUGGAGAAGAUGGGCAACAUAUUGCUGAUUACCAGUCCUUUGCAGUUACCAUGGCCACAUCUUUGGUCAUUGUGGUCAGUGUGCAGAUAGCCUUGGAUACCAGUUACUGGACUUUCAUUAAUCAUGUCUUCAUCUGGGGGAGCAUUGCCAUUUAUUUCUCCAUUUUAUUUACAAUGCACAGUAAUGGCAUCUUUGGCAUCUUCCCAAACCAGUUUCCAUUUGUUGGUAAUGCACGACAUUCCCUGACCCAGAAGUGUAUAUGGCUUGUAAUUCUCUUAACAACAGUGGCUUCGGUUUUGCCAGUGGUGGUAUUCAAAUUUUUGAAGGUGAAUUUAUACCCAACCCUGAGUGAUCAGAUCCGCCGGUGGCAGAAGGCUCAAAAGAAGGCAAGGCCUCCAAGUAGCCGAAGGCCUCGGACCCGCAGGUCAAGCUCAAGAAGGUCUGGAUAUGCUUUUGCUCACCAAGAGGGCUAUGGAGAACUUAUCACAUCUGGAAAAAAUAUGCGAACUAAAAAUCCACCCCCAACAUCAGGGCUGGAAAAGACACAUUAUAAUAGCACUAGCUGGAUUGAAAAUUUAUGUAAGAAAACCACAGAGACAGUGAGCAGCUUUAGCCAGGAUAAAACAGUGAAACUGUGAGUCAAUAUGAAUUUAAACCACAUAGUUAUCUUUUCACUUCAGGUGGAGCUGAAAUUCUGCUGGCUCCAGAGUUUGAGAUUUGAGGCAAGAGGUGGGGCAGGCAGAUUGCCUCACUUAACUGAAAUCUGCGGCAGACAGCUGCCAGUGCCCAUUAAACAGGAGUGUGCGGUAUGGAAAACCAGGCCAGAGGGUCACUGUCUAGUUUGUGAUUUGGUGGACAAAAUACUCACUGUUACAAGUACAGAUUUUUUUUUUUUUUUUUUUUUUUUUUUUUUUUUUUUUUUUUUAAUCAACCUAGAUACCGAUUGACCCGAACUUUAGAAUCUUACUUAUGGAGAAAAACUUGUAAAGCUGUAUAUACAUUGAAUGGAUCCUCAGGCGGAUAAAAGGGUGCAUUUUAAAGGUAUAUAUCCAAGCUGAAAAGCAUGCCUAUUGACAGAUAAACACGUAUAUGUAAGAUCAGCCUCUCCCAAGGUAUACUUUUAAAAUUUAAAGUGUGUACUAUGGUGCUUUCAGACUGAGUUUCGUGUCACUCUUUAGUCUUGAUAUCUACCUGUCUGUUCAGCCAGGAAAACAAAUGGCUUUCAUGCCUGAAGAAUACAAAAGUGUGUUUAUAUUUCUCAUUUUUCUUCCAGUCUAGAGACAAAGGAGAGUGAACAUCUUUGCAGCAGGAUAAGCUGGUAAUUUAAUCAGAUUUAUUCAAAAAGCUCUCAGUCUGUGUCAUGUAAGGACAUGCUUAUGAAAUGUCAGAGAGGCUUGCCACUAAGUAUUCUAAAUACUUUUCAAUGGCUUUUCUAACAACUUCAGUAGUAAUUUGCUGAGCAUCAUCCAGACCAUUAAUGGAAUCAGCAAAGCAUUGGAAUUUCACACUUUAAUGAUAACAUUCCAUAUAGUCUAUGGGCAAAUAUUUUCAACAUUUCCAAUUUUUAAAGCUUCAGAAUUGAAGCCAAACAAAUUAAUAAAUAAUUGUUUUAAUUACUAUUUUAAAAGUCAGGUUUAGAUCGUUUAAAGUUACUUGCUUUUGAUGCUCAGCUGUCAUGUUUAUAAUUCAAACGUGUAGUGAACAUAUGUGGGUAAGGUUGAUUUUUUUGGAGAUGUUGCAGCUCAAAUGUUCAGUCCCCAUGUGAAUCAUCAGUGUCUUUCCUGUCAAGUAAUUUGGGCAUAUUUGUGUGAAAACCUCAGUUCUGUCACUUCUUAUCUCUAUAAACCUGGACGAUAAUGUGCCUUCUCUGAGACUCAGUUUCUUCCUCUGUCAAAUGAGGACGUACUACCUACCUCAUGUGGUUGUUUGAUGAUUGUCAAACACACAUUCUGAAAUUAUUAAAAACAUAAUUAUUUCAUAAACAGAUGAGUUAAGUUCCAGUUAACUUGACAUCAGUAUAGCAGAGCAAUUGGAAGAGAAUAUGAAAAAACUGGAAUUUAAGUAGUCAGUGGGGAAGGCUUUGAUAAAAUGAAAUUGCCAGUAAGAUAUAAAACUGGUUAGUGUCCUACAGGGAAAUAAAAUUAUAACCGUGGAGGUACAUUUCUCUACCAGAAAGCAAAAAUAAAGCAUCAUGUCUUAAUGGUUUUCUGCAAGUCAGCUUCUAAUUCUAUAGAGUCCUUAAUCUGGUCCCUAUUAAAUUCUUGGUCUGACAAAGUAACAUUUCCCAAGAGAGUUAGGUGACACUUGAGUGAGCUUGAUGGAUAAUGAGCUAAUGUGAUAUGUAUAGGCCACAAUUUUUUAAAAUCUAAAUUUCUAAGUCUGGGAUAAUUUUUCCUAAAUGGGAUCAAAUGACAUAGUAUGUGUAAAAGAGUCAAAUGCAGUCGUGUACCAUAACAACUAUGGAUGUUCUCUUUCCCUUACAUGCCUGCCUACACUUAACCAGAUGUUAGUUUUCAAUGUCUAAUUUGUCAUUAGUUUCACCACGUUUGCUCGCUUUUUGUAAUAUUUUUGCAAGAUUUGAAAACUUUCAGUAAAUGUUUUGGCACUAUUGGUA